AGCUCCACAGGUGAAAGCGAAACUUAACUCCACUUGUUCGCAAGAAGUUUUGGAUGUCGCUACGUUUCGCUUCGACAAUUUGAGAAAAUGGCUGAGGCCAGGGCAGGUAAUAAGGACAUUUUGGAGUGUUCUAUUUGUUUGGGUCUUCUGAGUGAUCCGGUGACUCUUACCUGUGGGCACAGCUACUGUUUACGCUGCAUUGAGAACUGCUGGGAUAAGGGCGACAAGGCCGUUUACAGUUGCCCUGAGUGCAGACAGGCUUUCGCUCAACGACCCGUUUUAAACAAGAAUAUAAAACUUGCUGAGCUCGCGGAUCAAAUGAAGAAGAUUGGAAUACAAACAACAUCUCCUGAGUGUGCUGCUGGACCUGGAGAUGUUGCGUGUGACGUCUGUACUGGGAGAAAACUCAAAGCUGUCAAGUCCUGUCUGGAAUGUUUCGUGUCGUACUGUGACAGUCAUCUGAAAACUCAUGAUGAACUUCUGGGUAGAAAACACACAUUGGUCGAUGCCACAGGCCAGCUACAGGAGAAGAUCUGCUAUAGUCAUAAGAAGGUUCUUGACAUUUUCUGUAGAACUGACCAGAGUUGCAUCUGUUAUCUGUGUACGAUGGGGGAUCAUAAAAACCAUGACACGACCACAGCUAAAGCAGAGUGGAGUCAGAAAAAGGAGGGGUUGGGGCAGAGCCAGAGGAGAUGCCAGCAGAUAAUCCAGUUGAAGGAGAAGGAGCUGCAGGAGCUGAGGAAGGCUGUGGAGACUCUCAAGUCUGGUGCACAGACAGCAGUGGAGGAGAGUGAGAGGAUGUUUGGUGAGAUGAUCCGCUCCAUUGAGAGAAGGCGCUCUGAGGUGACUGAGCUGAUCAGAGCUCAGGAGAAGGCUGAGGUGAGUCGAGCUGAAGGACUCCUGAAGCGACUGGAGCAGGAGAUUGCUGAGCUGAAGAAGACAGAUGCUGAGAUGGAGCAGCUCUCACUGACACAGGAUCCAAUCUACUUCCUCAAGAACAUGGUGUCCAUGGCUGGUGAUCCAUGCAGUCCUGUCACCAGAAAGACUUUCAGCCAAAGUCACUUCUUUGAGCCCCUGAAGGAAUCUGUGUCUGCACUGAAUAUGCAGCUGGAGGAGAAAUUAGAUUCAAUCUUCAAGCAGGAAAUAGUCAAGAUAUCUGAAGCAGCAACUAAGGAACAGAUCAUUCCGGACAUAGAAUGUGAGUCUUAAACACACACACACAC